AUGCAAGGAUUGGAAUGGGAUAACAUGGGAGUGAAAGUUGCCGACCGGUAUUUACACCAUCUUCGUUUCGCUGAUGUCAUGGGUCUGAUAACAUCGAGCAUCAGUCAGGUGGAACGAAUACUGGCCGAAUUUGACGAUGAAGUUUGUGAAAAGAUUGGUCUUCAGCUGAAUCUGGGCAUUUACGAUCAACGGAACGAGAGUACUCGACCAAAUGUUCAGCUAUUUAUAUCUAGAGGUCUAGGAAAAUCUGGCUACGGGCUCACCUUUUCAACACCACCGUUCUUCCCGCCUUGGCCUACGCUGCAGCAGCCUGAACGUUUCGAAAAAGUGCCAAGAGGUUUCUGGUUCACGCAAUUGAAACAGAAGAUUCGAAGUUCAGUACUGCAUCACCGAUCGAAGACCAGAGUCCGUGUCACAUACGCCAAGGAAAGUAAAAUUUCAUGGGUAAGACAUGAACAACGACUAUUGUUGAAUCAGAGCUGUAAGCGACUGGAUACCACACGUUAUUCACCACAAGAAGACCUCCGACUCGAUGGUCCGAACUUUUUACGAAGUCUUCCGAGGAAAAAUACGAUGCUCUUCGAGAAGAGAAGCUACAAGGCGUCUGAACAAAUGGGAGUGUUACUGGUGAUAAAUCGGCAAACAACAGGAGCACAGCUAAACACUGGAAUCUUCACAUCUGUUGCCGUGCAGCCAUAUCUUGAAUAA